UAAGGAUCCGUACCCACCGUCUGUACAGUCAGCUGACAGGCGGCUCGCGGCGCUGCUUUCCCGGGUUUUCUCUCCUCUCGCGCUUUGUUUGUUACUGCUUCGCCAACCGGAAGAACAACCUUUGACGCGGAAGCUGAUGACGUUAUUACGUCCGGGUCACGCUGCUCAUGAACGCCGUCGCUUCGUUUCCCUCCAGACAGUUUGAGGAGAGAGGAACCAAGAUGUCUGACUCUGAGGACGCGGCCCCGGCCAUGAAGAGGACGCGUGUUUACUAUGGCAGCCUGGAGGAGAAGGAGCGCGAGCGUCUGGGCGCCGACACGCUGAGAGGAAGUGAUGCGGUGAAGGCCGGGAUCGAGGCGGGAAACAUCAACAUCUCCUCAGGGGAGACCAUGGACAUGGAGGAGCGCGUCAGCGAGCGUCAGCAGGAAGCACUCGCUGCGUUUGAGCGCCGACGGCGAGCGCGGCAGAUCAUGGUUUCCACGGACGACGCCGAGGUGAAGGCCGGCCUCCGGGCGCUCGGGGAGCCAAUCACGCUGUUCGGAGAGGGACCAGCUGACCGCCGGGAGAGGCUGCGCAGCGUUCUGUCGGUCGUCGGUCCGGACGCUCUGAAGAAAUCACGGAGAGACGAAGAGAGAGCUAAGAGAUCACAGGACGAGUGCCAGCAGACGUGGUACCACGAAGGCUCCGCCCACCUGAAGGACGCUCGCCUCUGGUUGGCCAAAUACUCUCUGCCACGGGCGAGGAGGCGUCUGGAGGCCGCACGCGCUCAGAGGGAGGUCGCCGAGGCAACCAGGGCGAUCCGGCAACAAGAGAUGCACAAGAGCCUGAGGAAUCUGAACAACUUCUGCAGUCAGAUCGGAGACGAUCGACCAAUCAGCUUCUGCCAUUUCAGCCCCGACUCCAAGAUGCUGGCCACGGCCUCCUGGAGCGGUCUGUGUAAGCUGUGGUCCGUCCCCGACUGCAGUCUGAUCCGAACUCUCAGAGGACACAACACCAACGUUGGUUCCAUUGUCUUCCGCCCGCAGGCCGGAGUCUCUCUCGACCAAUCAGACGUCAGCUUGGCCUCGUGUGCCACAGACGGCUCAGUGAAGCUGUGGAACCUCGAGAGCGAUGAGCCGGUGGCGGACAUCGAGGGUCACAGUGAGCGAGUGUCCCGAGUGUCCUGGCAUCCAUCAGGGAGGUUUCUGGGAACUACCAGUUAUGAUAACUCGUGGCGUCUGUGGGAUCUGGAGGUCCAGGAGGAGAUCCUCCAUCAGGAAGGACACAGCAAAGGAGUCCACGACAUCCACUUCCACCCUGACGGCUCGCUGGCUGCUACUGGAGGGCUGGAUGCGUUCGGCAGAGUGUGGGACCUGAGGACAGGACGCUGCGUGGUCUUUCUGGAGGGACACCUGAAGGAGAUCUACAGCGUGCACUUCUCCCCCAACGGGUACCACAUAGCGACAGGAAGUGGAGAUAACACCUGUAAGGUGUGGGAGCUGAGAAACAGGAAGUGCCUGUACACAGUCCCCGCCCACCAGAACCUGGUGUCCGCCGUCCGCUUCCAACCCACAGAUGGUCACUUCCUGUUGACGGGAGCGUACGACAACACGGCGAAGGUGUGGAGCCACCCGGGCUGGACGCCACUGAAGACGCUCGCCGGACACGAGGGGAAGGUGAUGGGCGUUGACGUGUCUCCAGAUGGUAAACUCAUCGCCACGUCUUCCUACGACCGAACCUUCAAACUCUGGCUGACUGAGUGAUGUCAUGGUGAUGAUGUCACGAUGAUGUCAUGAUGAUGUCAUAACAUCAGUGUUUGUUUUUUUUCUUUCUCCCAUUUUAGUAAAAUAAAAAGUUUACAUUUUGGA